AUGGAAUUGGCUUUAUUGGGCACUGUUGACAUCAGAGCUCAGUUAGAUUCAGCAUAUUGGAGAAAUAUACAACAGCAUAAUGAUACCGUCACAAAAAACAGGUACGUUCUAUCAAAAAUAAUCGAUUGUAUAAAAUUUUGCGGUGGAUUUGAAUUGGCGCUACGGGGCCACGACGAAACCGAGAGCUUCCAAAACCCGGGAAUAUUUCGUGGACUGAUCAAUUUUUUUGCAGAGCUUGAUACAACCUUAAGCGAACACAUAAACAAUGCUUCAAUAUUUAAAGGAACUUCGAAAGAAAUACAAAACGAUCCACUAGAUUGUAUUCUUGAAGUUUGUCACGAAGAAAUAAUAAAACAGAUUAACAGAGUCUCGUAUUUGGCGAUAAUAGCAGAUGAAACAACGGACAUUUCGGGGAAAACCCAACUGAUAACAAUUUUCAGAUACGAAUUCAACGGCGAACCAGUAGAACGUUUUUGGAAUUAUAAGAUCCCGAAAAAUGUGACGCUGAUACUCUCACAAGACAUAUUUUGA